AUGUGGAAGUGUCCCAUCAAAUCUCCCGCCCGCACUCUCAAACCAUUAAUUAGUAGUGAGGAGCUAUGGGAGAUUGCCCUGCGCAGCUCCGAUCCCACCCUCCAGGACCGAGUCCUGAGGUGGGCCGAGGAGGCAGCGGAGGCCUACCACGACUGGUGGUCUGACGUUAUCCCACACGAAGUGGUGACGGACGCUUACUGGGACUGGAUCAGAGACCUCCUUCUCUACCCUCCGGCAGCAACUGUGAAGCUCUCGGAUAUACGAAUGACAGCAGCAGUGAAGCCUUUCGCCGGACGCCUGGCCCUGGUGACUGGAGGAGGCGGCGGAAUUGGUGAGGCCGUGUGCACACUCCUGGCUGCCGAAGGUGCUAUCGUGGUCGUCGCCGACGUACAGCUCGAAGCCACCAAGAAAGUGGCGGAUUCUUUGCCCGGCGACGCGAAACAUGAAGCCAUGCACGUGGACGUUGGUGACUCUUCGUCCGUGCAGACACUCUUCAAGGGUAUCGGGGACGCGUAUUCUGAGUCGCUAAGCAUAGUCGUGAACGCGGCCGGAAUACUGCGCCCGGUUCCGAUCCUCGAGUGUACCGACGAGUUGUUCGAUGACACCAUCAGGGUUAACCUGAGGGGUACCUUUCUGGUCACUCGAGAAGCAAGCCCCUACAUGCUACGGUCCGGCGUACCGCUACACAAAGGCGGAGCAGCCGUCGUGAACAUAGCCAGCAUCGCGGCCAAGAUCGGCUCUGCAACGUCCGCCGCGUACCCUGCUUCCAAGGCGGAAGUAGUAGCCUUCAAGUCGGCAGCACAGGAACUGGCACCUCACGGCAUUCGCAGCAACGUCGUGCUGCCCGCUUUCACGGACACGAGCAUGUUGGCCAAUGCUCCUCCCGACCGAAUCGAUGCGUGCCUGUCGAUUACCCCUCUGAAGAGGAUCGCUCAGGCGCGAGAGGUCGCAGAGGCAAUCAAGUUUCUUUGCUCGCCAACUGCCAGCUCCUACAUCACCGGCGCAGCACUCGAAGUCAAUGGAGGGUUCUACAUGUGA